AUGGGCCGGGCGUGGGGCGGGCGGUGCGCGGCCUUCCUGGCGUUGGCGCUGGCGCUGGACGCGGCCGGGCUGGCCCUGGUGCUGGCGGGGGCCGUGGGGAAGCCGGCGCUGGACGGCAGCUCCCUGGAGGAUUUCCUGGUGCUGUCCGGGGCGCUGCUGCUCCUCUUCUCCCUGCUCUUCUGGCUCUUCUGGUACUCUUGCAACCUGCGCGGGGUGCCGGCCGAGGAGCUGCCCCUCGGGGCGCGCGCCCCCCGCCCGCGCGGCCAGGGCAGCCUGGGCCGCCUGGCCGCCAAGCUGUCGGAGCGCCUCUCCCAGCGCCCACGGCGCGCGCCUGCGCCCUCCCUGCCGCCCGACCCCGGCCCGAGCGCGCGGGCCCCCUCCCGCUCCGCGCGCCCCUCCAGCCCCCUCCAGCUGGGCCACCUGCGGCCGGCGGCUCGGCCCGAGCAGGGGCCGCCCCAGGAGCGGCUGGUGUGA